AUGUCGUUAACACAUCACGUCCUACCAUCCUGUGUCAUACUGUAUGGCCUCGUCUGCGUUCUGCCUAUGGGAAAAUACGCUGCCGGAAGUUAUCUGCGCGAUGUUGAACUGAUCGGUCCAUCAUCACAGGCCGAGCUGAAUACGGUCUAUUACUAUCCAAGCUACGUUAAAGGUGAGGAUCCGGUUGAAGAAUACAACCGAAGACGAUUGCACGUGGACACGGCAAAUUUUAUGGAGUACGAAACGAACCGUCCGAAUGGUGUCGAGCAGCCGCGACACAACCAACAACGGCAGGCAUACGAAAAGCCCAACGAAACCGAUGAUGAGUGUUGUUUGAAAGUGAAACGAAAGCGGAAGUAUCAUGGUCAGUCACGGUACCCCAAACAACACGCAAUCGAUCCGAUGCGUGUGGUCGAUGCGCAAACUGAUCACGAGCAAAAUUAUAAGAAAAUUCGCCAAACUGGUGCGGGCGUUCCGCGGUACGUCCGGGACGAUGUGGAGCUGUUCGAUAUCGAACGAGGUAAUCGGAUCAAGGCAAAGCGGCCGAUCAGACGAAGAACGAGAACGGCACACGCAAGCCGAACGAAUGAACAACGACCGCGGUAUGAAGAAUCGGAUCCACAAAUAUUCGCAUACGAACGAUCCGAUGCAAUAGCGAGUGGGCGAGCGGACACUGAUCAACCGCGAACUUCACAGGAUAAUCAAUAUUUUCAAGAUACAUUUCAAUUUCAAAAGUCACCUCUGGAGCUAGAGUUUGGCCACUUGUUCGAAUCGAAUAAUGGCUGGGAAGAGCGCUACGAACGGCAAGAUCAUCAGAACCAUAGACAUCAAGGAAAAAUACGCUGAGAUAUUCGGUGAUGGCUCAUUCACAGCCGGUGCACGGCGAGGCAACGACCAGCACUAUCUAGAACAGCUCGAACGCGGCUCGCACAAUUUAGGGGUGUUUCAGAAAAAAGUAUUCUUUUGCACAUUCCUUUCCCAUUAGCACAGUUUAACAUUUGCUACUAAUGACGUUCUUUCUCUCUUCUUCCAUACAUCUCAUGAAAAACAAAAAUAUCCUCCAACGUACAGGUCAAAUGGGCCGACAAACAGGGUGGCUUCGGGGAACAUUACUGGGAUCUGAAUCACAUCCAACCGAACGUUCCUGCUCGAUAGAACAACCGCCAUCGAACGCUAACAUCAAGGCGAAGCGAUUACAGAUUAAGGUCAAAGUGGAUGGAUGAUAGAAUAAUGUACGGAACCCGGGAAGAAGUGGAUGGAGGGAGACGAUACAAUAAAAACCUCACCAAACAUAAUAUAAAUGUCAAGAGCAUGUCUUAAGCACGCGAAUCCAUUUCAGCUGUUACCGGUUUGUGGGGUGAUUUGGCGAUGCCCUUUUAGCCAACAUCGGUUCAGGCUAGGAAGAAUAGCCUGGAUUAACGAUUCUUAUGCAGUUUGUGCUUUGUUGUGGAACUUACGCUCUGUGUGUAUGCCGUUGUAUGGAUGAUUUAUUUGGCAAAUAAAUAUGGAAAA